CCUGCCCAACAUGAGGCAUCAGCCUACUGCUCUUUAUCCACCUCUUCCCAAUUCCACUCCCCACGCGCCCCGCGGUCCGAAACAAGAAGACGAUGCUCCAUUCUGAUCACCUCCUCUCCCGCUUCUAUCCUCUCCCUCCCUCCCGCCACCACCUCCAACCGCCCCAUUCCCCGCCUCUCUUUUGCCUCCGCCCCGCCCCCGCCGGCCGGACGGCCGUCCGCGCCGCGGGGCCCCGCCGGUGGCUCGCCGAGCUUCCCGAGACCGCGGCACCUCCGCCGCAAGGGGCCGAAGAUGGCGGCGGCCCCGUCGAGCUUCCGCCCUCCUCCACCUCCACCCUCUUCUCCGUCGACGACAACCCUUCCCCUCUCCAGACCUCCACCAGCGUCCUCCUCACCGGCGCCAUCGCCGUCUUCCUCUACCGCUCCCUCCGCCGCCGUGCCAAGCGCGCCAAGGAACUGAGAGUGAGGUCGACCGGGAUGAAGAAGACGAAGGAUCUUAAGGAGGAGGCUUUGGAUAGAUUGAAGGCCGUUGGGGCGACACCGGUUGAGGCUGGGGCUCCGCCCUCCCCUGUGCAGGCCUUGUUGGGUUCGAUAGCAGCUGGCGUCAUUGCCGUCAUCCUCUACAAGUUCACCACCACCAUUGAGGCUGCUCUCAAUCGCCAGGCAGUCUCCGAUAACUUCUCGGUUCGGCAAAUAACUAUAACAAUAAGGACCAUCGUGAAUGGCUUGUGCUACCUUGCAACCUGUGUUUUUGGAAUUAAUUCCAUCGGUUUGCUGCUCUAUUCUAUUCAGCUUACCAUCAGUUCUCUCAUGGAACCUAUAUCUGGUAACUCCCUGUCUGCUAAGAAAGAAGGUGGACAGCUAAACACGAUGGCUUCUGCAGAUAGCUCCACAGCUAAUGUGGAAUCUGGAAGCAAUGACAUGCAGCAAAAUUCAAGUGAAAAUAAAGAUUAGUACAGCAACAGAAUAUGAUGGCAGGAGAUCAUACAGCAAUAGAACCAAUUCUCUAAGACUGAGCUCGUACUUGCGGACAGGACCAGGGCAUGCAACGAGGCAGAGAAUGGAGUUAUGGUGCCAUCCUUGUAUAGAAAGAGGGUGAUCAUAAGAAAUUGAGUGAUUGUUACCUCUGUAUUGUUCAGAGGAUGUCGUGGUUCAAAUAUUGAGAGGGUGACCCAGGAUUUUCAGAUUAUUGCAGGUGUAAUUGCUGCUGUAGGAGCUCAUGGCAUGAUGCACAUGGCCAUGAAGGCUUAUGAAGUCAUGUGGGAUGUGCCUAAAACCUUGGAGUUAUAGGACAAUGUUGCCUGGGUAGGCCCGAGAGCUUUUGUAGCGUCUAAUGCCUAAUUAUCUUAAUAAAACAAUAGUGGGUGAAUUUUCUCCACUCUUUGUUA